GUAAGGUGGCAGCUAUUAAAGAUAAACCAGAAACACUGCACACUGCAUUAUCUCCCGACGAACAGUUGUGUUGCUAGAACAAUGGCACAUGCCAAUGAGAUGGUGAAACAUGUCAUCGACAUUGGAGAACUACAAGAACUAAGGUUGUCUCAGCGUAGCAUCUACAAGGUUCCUCACAAUCUCCGAAAGGUAAAGGAAGAACCCUACACUCCUCAGUGCAUCUCAAUUGGCCCAAUUCACUUCAACAAACAAGAAUUCAUGCCAAUGCAAGAGCACAAACUGAGAUACUUCCAGUUCUUCUGGAACCGUGUCUCAAAUGAGCAAGCCAUGAUGAACUACAAAGACUACCUCAAGACGAAAGAACAAGAGAUUCGACAAUGCUAUGCAGAGAAGUUCCCUGACAUGGCCAAUGAGAAAUUCGUGGAUAUGAUGCUGUUGGAUGCUGUGUUCAUCAUGGAACUUUUCUUGAGAAACUGUCACAAUAAUUCGUUUGGAGAGAGUGAUGAUCUCAUCUUGACACAAUCCUGGCUCGGCAGGAACAUCACUAGGGACUUGAUCCUGUUGGAGAAUCAAAUACCCUUUUUUGUGCUGCAGAAGCUUUAUGAUAAUGUUGUCCCUGAUGAAAACAAGAAGAAAGAACACACUUGCUUUGUGCACCUUGCCAUUGAGUACUUUGCAUUCUAUGACAACCAAACGUGUUCUUCUCAUGAAAGUGAUGAAACCAAGAAAGAUAGGUUUGAGGAGCCAAAACACUUCACUGAUCUGAUAAGGUGUUUCUACCUUCCCGCCGAGCGCGAAAGCGGUUGUGCUCGCCAUGUUCUAAGAACAGCAACAAAGUUGCACGAAUCAGGAGUGUGCUUUGAGAAAGGUGAUGUGAAGAGAAGGUUGCUAGACAUAACCUUUGAGAAGACACCAAUUCUGAGUUUGUUUCUUUGCUUUGGUUGCUUUCCAUACUUGGACCAUUUCAAGGCACGUUUUAGGAUCCCCCAAUUGAAGUUGGACCACACAACUGAAUGUGUUUUCAGGAACCUCAUUGCCUUUGAACAGUGUCACUAUCCCGAGAAGCCUUACAUUUGCAACUAUGUUUCUUUGCUUGAUUCUCUUAUACACACUAAGCUUGAUGUGGAGUUUCUGGUUGAGAAGGAAGUGAUUGUGCAUGAAUUAGGGAGUGAUAAGGAAGUGGCAACUCUUGUUAAUGGUCUAUGCAAACAUGUUGUGACAAACUCAACGUCUUACUAUGAAACAAUAAAUAAGCUCAACGAGCAUUACGUGAGCAAUUGGAACCACACUGUGGCUGCAUUGAGGUUGGUGUACUUCAAAGACCUUUGGAGGGCAAGUUCCACUGUGGUGGGGAUUGCUGUGCUCGUUUUCGCUGUGUUCCAAUUCCUACGUCUAGUGGGUGUUGUCUUCUACUCUCCUAGAAUGUCCAAAAUGUAAUUACUAAACUCAGUUUGGAUUAUUAUGUUAAGAGUUUAAUUUAACAAUGAA